GCGGGAGCCCGAAGGCAGGCAAAGCACCGGCUGGCAACCUCGCUCUGCAAGCCUGGCCGCCAGUGCCCACCGCAGCUGCACCUGACCAACCGCCUCUGGGCGCCUCUCCCAAAGUAAUGGAGAAAACGUGUGCAGAUGUGUUCCCUCUGACAACCAAUUCCUCAGAAAAGCAAGAGACUGUCUGCAUUUUUGGAACAGGGGAUUUUGGAAAAUCCUUGGGAUUUAAAAUGCUUCAAUGUGGUUAUUCUGUUAUUUUGGGGAGUCGAAACCCCCAGGUGUCCAGCCUCCUGCCCAGGGGAGCAGAGGUAUUGAGCUAUUCCGAGGCAGCUUCAAAGUCUGACAUCAUAAUCUUGGCCAUUCACAGAGAGCAUUACGAUUUCCUCACAGAACUGGUUGACCCCCUCAGAGGAAAAAUAUUGGUAGAUGUCAGCAACAACCGUAAAAUCAAUCAGUAUCCAGAAUCGAAUGCCGAGUACCUUGCUCAGUUGGUGCCAGGAGCCCAUGUGGUCAAAGCAUUUAACACCAUCUCAGCCUGGGCUCUCCAGUCAGGAACGCUGGAUGCAAGUCGGCAGGUGUUUGUCUGUGGGAAUGAUAGCAAAGCCAAGCACAGAGUGAUGGACAUUGCUCGUACCCUUGGACUCACUCCAUUGGAUCAAGGAUCUCUUGUGGCAGCCAAUGAAAUUGAGAGCUACCCUCUGCAACUAUUUCCUAUGUGGAGGCUCCCUUUCUACUUGUCUUCUGUGCUGUGUGUCUUCUUCUUUGUAUACUGUGCUAUACGAGAAGUGAUAUAUCCCUAUGUGAAUGGGAAGACAGAUACUACGUUUCGCCUGGCUAUUUCCAUCCCGAAUCGUGUCUUUCCUAUCACAGCACUGGUCCUGCUUGCUUUGGUAUACCUCCCUGGUAUUCUUGCUGCCAUUCUGCAGCUCUACCGAGGUACAAAAUACCGCCAAUUCCCAAACUGGCUUGACCAUUGGAUGCUGUGCAGAAAGCAGCUGGGCUUGGUAGCUCUGGGAUUUGCCUUCCUUCAUGUCAUCUACACACUUGUGAUUCCUAUUCGUUACUAUGUACGAUGGAGACUGAGAAAUGGAACCGUUACUCAGGCCCUGACUAAUAAAGACUACCCAUUUAGUACCUCUACGGCCUGGCUUAAUGAUUCCUACUUGGCACUGGGAAUCCUGGGAUUUUUUCUGUUUCUUCUCUUGGGAAUCACUUCCCUGCCAUCAGUAAGCAACAUGGUCAACUGGAGAGAGUUCAGGUUUGUCCAGUCCAAACUGGGUUAUCUGACCCUGGUCUUGUGCACAGCCCACACUUUGAUGUAUGGUGGAAAGAGAUUCCUCAGCCCUGGGAUCCUAAGGUGGAGCCUUCCUUCAGCCUAUAUUUUAGCCCUCAUCAUCCCAUGCACAGUUUUGGUGAUGAAGUUCAUCCUCAUAACGCCAUGCAUAGACAAGACCCUCAUGCGCAUCCGUCAAGGCUGGGAAAGGAACUCACAUUACUCAAAAUCAGCACUGAAUGGAAAAACAGAUAUUUAGAACCAAGAUGAAUUUGUGGGGAUUUCUGAACUCCUAUAGCAAAUAUUUGGAGAAUAAGUGUCCAGUUGAGAAAGCACUCUCUCUUGUCAUGAUUUAUCAUCACAGAAGGAAGCAUUUUCUGGCCCUGAAAGACUUCUGAAGGGCACACCCCAUCUCCUCUCUUGUGAUUACUCACCUCAGACCUCCCUCACUUCCUUUCCCAGGAACCCUGGGGCUGAAGUUUCACACUAUGAAACCUCUUAAUUAUGGGCAACAUGCAUGACGUAAUGUUUUGCAAAAUGCUAGGCCAGUGUAUGCAACUUCCUUCUCUAAUUCAAGGGCUAAAGUACUUGGGGAGCAAAAAGGGAACUCUGAUAGUCAUCCUAAAGGUGUCACUUGGCAUGCCUAAAGAAGAGGCCCAAAUGAAGUAAAAAUAACAGGAACAAGGCUUUGUUUUUGUGAGGAGUGGUGAUCAUAAGUGUUGUCAUACUGAUCUUGGGGUAUUUUGGUUUGGGUGUAGCACUAAGCAUCAGGCCUAGGGCCUUAUGCAUACAAAGCAAAUACUAUAUUAAUGAGCUAUACCUCAGUCCUGCCAUAGUGAAUAUGGAGUCAUUUGUAUCCCAUGAUUUUGUUUUUACCAAUAUGGAUACUUACCGUGGGGAAAUAUUUUUAUAAAACAGCAAAAAUAUCUGGGUUAUCUUAAAGUAAACCAUUCCUUGGAUCUACAGAGAUCUAUGUAGUUGUCACAAGACUCUUCCUCUACAAGGAAUGGGUUGAGUCUGGCUAAGAAUGGAGAGCUCCUGAGCUCAGGAAAGUUUGAGAGUGGAGAGAUCCAUUGGAUUUUUCAGUGUGCAAAAAGCAAGAAAAGGGUUGAACAAAAAUGUCAAAUAAGCCUUAAUUGUAGCUAGUAAGCUAAGCAAAUGCUAUGACGUUUCACUGUGCUUUUUGGUAUUAUUGAGGGACUUUGGUAUGCAUGAUGCAUUAUAUAGUCUAAAUACUGACCAAUAUUAGGCACCUGUGAAACCAAUUUCUAAUAAAUGAUAAAGCUUCCAAAAUCUGUCUUUGUGAUAAUUUUGAGGGGUGAAGUUUUAAGGAAAUUAUCUGAAACUGUUGUUGUGCUAAAAGCAUAGCUGAGAAAAUUGUGGGAUGCUGGGAACAGCUGCAGCUGAUGUGUUGUCGCCAGCUCUGCCUUCCUGUGUGGAUAGUGCCUUUCCCAAGGUGACCUUUAGCAGGCUCAGUAUCCUAGCUCUAGCCUGGAGCUAAAAGGAGAUUUUAGCACAAUCUUCCCACGUGUCACUGAAAUAACUAAAAGGCACUGGGUUUGACAUUUUUCUGCCUAAUCUACAAAGGCUGUUUGUUUUUCAUUUUGUUGGCUUUUAUUAUCACAUAUCAUACAUGAUAUCAUACAUUGAUCACAAUCCAAGAUUUUAUAUAUAAAGCUUAUAUUAUAU